AACAGAUGGCAUGUGCGGCUGUUGCUGCCUCUGCCCCUACUGCUGCCACUGAGAGCAGGGCCCCUUAGCCUCUGGGUUUGAGCUAGCGACGGAAGAUUCCUUGAACCAUCUGCAGUCCUAUUAUUCUCUGAAGAGGGUGCACUUGAUUGCCAAUUUGCUCUCAGUAUGACACCUGUCAAUGUAGCUCUAAUCCGUGAUACCAAAUGGCUGACUUUAGAAGUCUGUAGAGAAUUUCAGAGAGGAACUUGCUCUCGAGCUGAUGCAGAGUGCAGGUUUGCCCAUCCGCCAAGAGUUUGCCAUGUGGAAAAUGGCCGAGUGGUGGCCUGUUUUGAUUCACUAAAGGGUCGGUGCACUCGUGAGAACUGCAAGUACCUCCACCCUCCACCCCACUUAAAGUCACAGCUAGAAGUUAAUGGGAGAAACAAUCUGAUUCAACAGAAGACUGCCGCAGCCAUGUUCGCCCAGCACAUGCAACUCAUGCUGCAGAANGCUCAGAUGUCAUCUCUUGCGUCUUUUCCUAUGAAUUCAUCACUUGCAGCUAAUCCUGCCAUGGCUUUCAAUCCUUACAUGACUCAUCCUGGCAUGGGCCUGGUUCCUGCUGAGCUUUUACCAAAUGGUCCGGUUCUGAUUUCUGGAAACCCUCCUCUUGCACUGCCAGGAGUUCCUGGUCCAAAGCCAAUUCGUACAGAUAGACUGGAGGUUUGCCGUGAAUUUCAGCGUGGAAAUUGUACCCGUGGGGAGAGCGAGUGCCGCUAUGCUCACCCUACGGAUGUUUCCAUGAUUGAAGUCACUGAUAAUUCUGUGACAAUCUGCAUGGAUUACAUUAAAGGCCGAUGCUCCCGGGAGAAAUGCAAGUACUUUCAUCCUCCUCCCCACUUGCAGGCCAAACUCAGGGCAGCUCAUCACCAGAUGAACCAUUCUGCUGCCAACGCAAUGGCCCUGCCGCAUGGUGCACUUCAACUGAUACCAAAGAGGUCAGCCCUUGACAAGGCCAAUGGUGCCACUCCAGUCUUUAACCCCAGUGUUUUCCACUGCCAACAGGCUCUGGCUAACAUGCAGAUUCCACAGCAGGCUUUUAUCCCAACAGUUGAAAUAUUGAGCAGCAGAGUUACAGAGUAUCCGAAUCUCUCAACAAGAAACUCCGUGUGGCCUUUCUAUAUGUAUUCUCGUAUGUCUUCUUGUACCAACACGACAAUAAGCAUGGUGCAGUCAAUAUACUCAAGUGCAUAUACCUGUUGACAAGUUCAAAUUUUAAAAAUCUGUGGGGAUGUUAAAGCAAAUAGAAAAUUAACCAGUAUGUGUUACCUUAUACGGAUUCAUUGUAUAUGAAUUAGCAUACAGAAUACAACCAUACAAGUUUGUCAUAUAUAUGAAUUAUCAGAUCCAUAUUACAUGAAUUUUCCAUCUGAUAUGAAUUACCAUAUUGAAUAUAACCGUAAGAUGUUGUGACUGCUUUCCAGUAAUGGUUUAUGGUAAAUGAAUUUCCACAGUGUACUGUAGGCAGGCUUACUGUAUACUCUUACUGUAUACUCUUACUGUAUACUCUUGGUGGAUAAAUUCUGUUUUGGAAGUGUUACCUUACUGUUUUGUUUACAAGAUAGUCUAUAGGAUUGAUGUAGAAUGUAACUGAUAUUUCCCACNCCAUUUUCCUCCAUUGGUAUAUUGUAUUAAAUUGGGUUCUGCUUAGCUCUUUCAUGCUAUAGUGUUCUCUUGUUUAUAUGUGAUAUUUGAUUUCAAUUAAAGCGUCAUAAGUGGUGAACAGAACUAUAUGUGACUGAAAAAUGUGACAGGUUCAUGGUAAUAUGCCCUCUUUAAAANAUUUCUGUAAGUUUCUGGAGGCGUACAUUUUAAAGGCCUCACUUCUGAAUGUGCACAAAAUCUGUUCAUAUAUAGAAUUUUACCUGUAGAUCUGACCUUGCAUAGUCAAUAAUAUACUAAAUUUUUAAAAGAGAAAAAACUUCCCUACAUGUGAUAGGAAAGUUCAAAUGUUAACCUCAAACCAUUCUUCUUAAAUAAUUUGAGAAUCAAUUGUUCACAUUCCAAUAAAUUUCUUAGCAUGUAUAAAAAUUAUGGAGAGUAGCCAUUACAUUUAUUGUGUUACAGGAAUCCUAUCUCUCAGCUUGAGUGUCUAAAUUUGAGCCAUUUGUCAUCUUCAGCUCAGAAACUGGUACCUACUACUUUAAAGGUAUGCUAAUCACAGGUUGAAAAUCAAGCAGAGAGAUGUGGGCGUGGAGACAGUUUUUAUGGACUGGAAGAAAGUGUGUAAAACCUUUGCAUUGUAACCUUUUGCACAAAUGCUGUUUUCCAAAUGCAAAUGGCUCGUGCUCUUUUGACUAUUCUUUGAAUAAUAAGUAAGAUGCAGUCUGGCAAAAGUCAGGCCAGGUGAAAGAAAAUUGUUUCCAAAUGAGGCCUUACCUCCCCAAAUGGACCAUCUUUUCUAUUGAUCACAGAAGGAGGCUGAGUACAGGUUUAGAGAAAUGGCAGGAAUGGGGGCAGGGAGACAUUUAAAAUGACUGGGAAUGUGCAAAAGAACUAGAAAAGGUUUCCGAAGUUAUCUUUCGGUCUAGUUUAGUUUAGCUGAGUUUCCAGUUUUUGUAAAGGCAGCAGUGAAGUAGCAAGCAUUUGUGCUACUGUAUAGACAAGGGUUUCUCUGCCAAUAACAUCAGAGGGUUGGCUGGGGGGCCGGGGGGUGUGAUGAUUUGUUCAGUUUUGUCUCAGAACCAAACCUAUUUUUGUCACAUCUGAACUUACUUGCCUUUGUGUGUGUUUCAAAAUUAGUUUUAACAUCCGUUGGUUAAUAGAGAAUAGCAAUAGCCCUAUGGAGGUGUGAUAUGAAUUCUUCUUAACUAAUACUUAGGAAAUAAGCUACAAAUACAGUAAUCCAUCUAUUUCUGUGACAUAUAGUGUACUUCUUCUACUUAGCACUACUAUUGUUAUAAGAGGGAGGAAAUGUAUUUUCCAAAAGCCUAAGUAAAUUGAAUAUUUUAUACUCAAUAUAUAUUCUCCCACCGGAAAGCAUAAAAUCAAAUUUUUGUUCAUAUAACAGUUGUUUUUCUUCGUGAAAAUCGGGAGGAAAGAGAAACUGUUCAGGAUAUCAUAAGACAGGUAGUUGGAUUGAUUUGCCAAUCAGUGACAUUGGCAAAGACUUUAUUGUCUUUUCUACAGUUGGUAAAACAGAGAGCCAGACUGUGUGACUUGCCUCAGGCUGGCUGCCUAGCCAUUGUGGGAACCAAUUGCUCUCCCUUUUUACAUCUUUCUUUGGAACAUUUGAGACUCCUACUCAAAGCAGAUCAGAUCGGCUCAGCAUUUUAAAAAAGCAAAACUACCUCUGGUGGAUGGUAUCCCAUUGAUCUUAAUUAUCCAGGUGAAUCCUGGUUACCAGUGAUUGCUAAAUACUCUUGUCUUUAUAUUGGACCUCUGCCCUUUGUUAACUAUUGCCUGAAGUUAAGAGAUUGAGAGUUGUCUGUCCUUUUACCUGUGGGCUCUUUGAACCACUAUAUUUCUGUUUUCUAACAUCGCAAUUCCAGGAAGAAUCUACCUGAGCUAGUCUAGAUGUAGUUAUUAAUGGAUAUGGAGAUAUUUUGUGCAAAAUGAACUUUUUGUAGUUUGACAGUUUGGUGCAACAUACUAUCUGGUUUAACUUCUUAAAGUUUUGAUCAAGAUAUAUGUAGAUGAUAAACUUAGAGUAGAGUUGUUCUCUUGUUGCUCUAAGCACUGGAAGAUAUUAAUGUUGACUUAUAUUUAGGAGGAGAUUCAGUGGGGAACAUUCAGGGUAGUUGUCUUUUUGGUGCGAUGAGUUUAAUAUAAGUGUUAGCAUUUUAAAAGUUGCAAUGUACGUGAAGCUUAAGAAAGCAAGCUCAAAACUCGAACAUUUUGAUCAAAUUUGAUGGAGUUUUGAGGGAAAUGAAACUUUAAGAUGGCACUCUAGUUGUGCAAUGACUAAUGAUCUUAUUGAAGAAAAGACAAGUCAUUUGACUAUAAAUUGAGUUAACAAGACCAGUCACAACUAAUCAGUGACUCUAAACAAAAAUUUACCCAAUUAUUUGUAAAUAAACCAAAUUCUAAUCAGAUGUGAUUUCUAGUUAGCAUUUUUUAGUCUUUGUGUUUUGCCAUGGCCUCUAUUUUUAUUUCUCAAAAAUUAUUGGCUUUGUCCAUCUCAGCCUUUUGCCAAAAUUUGCAAGAACACUGAAACUUGGAUAAAAUGUGUCAAACCUACAAAUAAGCAAUCUAAAUUUGUCAUUUAAGAAGAGCUUAGUUUCAGUUUAAAAAAAAAAAAAAACCAUGAGACCGCAAUGAAUAGGAACUUGAAUGAAAUUGAAUGGAUUCGUACAACUGCUAUUUAAAUACAGUGUUUACUUUUGAAAUUGGAGCAUGAAUCCACACCUAGCUAUUGCUUUUCAUUUGACUUUUCUAGAUAAAUCUUCAGUUUUCAUCUAUUCAUGAAAGCAGUCUGCUCUGCUAUUCCAUCAGUCUUGCUCUACCGUUCAUCUCUGAGCAUUCUAAAACACUGUGAUCUUGCCAUAAGUGUUGUCCUAUGCCACUUGGCUGUGUCCACUCAUGGGACCCUCAACUCUCCUGCUCUCAACUCUCAGCAGGAACCAAAUGAACUUAGUAUUUUGUGCUUGGGUUCACUUUAACAGCAUAAGCAGUGAGACAGUGCUGUUUGGAGAAGGAAUAGCAGCUACAGUACAUUGUAGGAAGGGAAAGAGGCAGCUGAGGUGCUCAUGAGCUCCUCGGAAUGCCAAGUGAUUCUCUUCCUUGUCUUUGGUGAGUGUUGGUAAGGAGGCCCCUAGGCAAAAUGCAGCCAAGGUUGUGGAAGAUCUGGCAGUCUGUGGGAUAGGCUGUGGCAUGCAGAAAGAUUACUAACAAAGUUCUCGCUCCACCUUUAAAAAUAAAAGAAAGCUCUUGUACAUUUCACUGAAAUGGAAAUGAGUAAAAUUGGGGGGGGGUGUCUGAUUUGGUUUUAUUCAUUUGAUGGAUUUGAUUCCAAGUUUUGAUUUGUAGAUUUAAUAAGAUAGUGGCCUAAUUUUACCGGAGCCUGUUAGAGAUAGUAGAAUAAAAUAGCAGAUAAGAGAGUUUAGCUUUUUUUUUUUUUUUGAAAGUUUAGCAGAUAGUCUAAUCAAACUGUAAAUGUGAUUACAAAUACAGGCUCUGAGUACCAAGUUACCAUGUUUUGGUGCCAUGUUUUCGUUUUUCUUAUUGUUAGUUUUUAAAAGUUUUAAUUGUACUACAUUUUUAUAUCUAAGUAUCCAAUGAGUUUAAUUUUGAAGGAGAGUUUGAGAAGGUUUAAGUUUUUACCACUUACAUUCAGACCAUCUCUGUAGGCUCUAAACUGACACCAUAGCAUAAUUCAGCAUAGAUACAGUCCAGAACUACCCUCUACAAUCCACAGUUCAAGAACAAAUUUAGCGUUGUACACAAAUGAUAGAUGUCAGCUAAAUAUAUUUAGUUGUUGCCUUGGCAACAAAACUACAACAUGGCUACCUUUAGACAUUUAUGCAUGUAAAAUUUUUAUGUGUAAGCUAUAUGUGGUUCAUGACAGUGCAAACAUAUUGAAGAUACAGCUCAAAACUCAGAAAACGGAUGAUGUUUUUGAAGCCCUGUGUUCCAUAUGAAAGCUGAAUUUGUGUCCUCAUGUUAACGUUUGAUUCGAAAAAGAAGUUUAUAACACAUGGAUUCUAGAAUUGGGCUUUAUAGUUUAAAGAAUUGGUUGGGUUGAUAGGGUUAUUCUACAGUAGAACAAGCUCAACAUUGAUAUUGCCUGGCCUUUUUUCACAACUUUAUUCAAAACUACCUAUUCGUGUAGUAUCUGUAGUUAUAAAAAGAUUAUAUUUUCUGGCUUUAUUCACAAAAACUAUAUGUGAGGAUUAAAGCAUAAGUAAACAUGUUGAGAUUAACCCAUGGUUGUGAAGCCACACAUAAAGAUACUAUAGAAGAGCCCCUAAACAGUGUUUAAGAGACAUAUGCUGCAGUUCCCCGACUGUCCCAGUUAGGGUGCGAAUGUGUGAGACCCACCUUUUUUUUUUUUUUUUUUUUUUUUGCACUUAUGUACAUAGUCCAUGAAAGCAAUCCUUGGAGCUUUUGACAAUGUAAGAAGUCUGUGGUAAUAGAGGAGCGUUAAUGAGAGUGCUCUUUGAGGCUCUAAGAAUUAGUGGAAGCAUAGUGUAGCAGUACUGUUGAGGGGGCUUGCUAGCUGGCUACAGCCCACCAGAAGCUCAGACUGCUAACACAUGCCAGAUCCCCCUAACAGCACUGAGUGAGAAUACAAAGCACUUCUUUUCGUAAGGCUACUAGCAAAAAUUAUUUGCUUUUUGAAUUAACUCCCACUGUAAAAACACGCGCGCGCGCGCGCGCACACACACACACACACACACACACACACACACACAAAUGCUUAUACCACAUAAUGGAAAGGUUCCCAGUAGAGAUUUUCUUUUUUUUCCCAUUAUAGAAAGAAGAGAAAGUACUCUGUACAUUACAAGCUAGUUACUCUCAAGUCUAACUAAAACAGAUCUCCUCCUUCGUAGUUUAAACUUAUAUCAAUCAAUUAAUGUGGAUUUAAGUGAAAAAUUGUUAAUGUUUUAACUAAACAGAAGUGAAGCAGCCCAAAUCUUAUAGAAGAUGGACCCUGGAAAAUGAUGUCAAUUUAGCCUACUCUGCCAGUUCUCACUCCACAUUUGCAGAUAGCCAAGGACCCUUCUUGCUUGUUGUUCUCCAAGGCACUGAGGCUUAGCAAAGUUGGGAGUUUGAAAGGCUAAGGAACAGAUCAUCACUGGCACUUUGAAUCCUUCCCAUCUUGAGACAGAUGUCUUUCACACUAAGGACCCCAUCCUAGGCUAAGGGUAGUUGUGAAAUGUUGCUUUUCAUACACUGCGAACUCUCUUGGAGGCAUAUAACUAGAUCUGCAGCCAUAGCUCAUUAGUACAGCUCUUGCCUGGAUGAACGAGGCCCUGGGUUCCAUCCCCAGGACUGCAAAGGGGAAAAGGGGGAAGAAAGAGAGAAAGAUGGAAAACAGACCAAAGCCACAAACAACCCAAGCCUUACAUGUAUCCCGUAGCUCAGGGCCAGUUGGCUAAAAAUUACUUAUAUUUUCCCCUCAGCUCCUGAGUUUGUUGUAUGGCUAUACAACAAAUGCCCUGACAAUCUGAGCAGCUGUUUUUAGCCAAUAGAAGAUGGAAGCAUAUAUUCAUUUUAUAGUUAAGAAUGCCCGCUUCAGCCUUACUAACCCCAUAAUUUCACUACUUAACCAGCAUCCUUACGUGGACGUUUCCUUGUGAAUCUCUAAGUCAUAAGAAUGCAUCUUCAUAAGGACAAUAGAAAGAUGAAAUUUUGUGUAUGGUGCUGGGAAUACAGCCCAGGGCUUUGUGUGCUAUGCAAAUGCUCUAACAGCCUGGCUAGCCAGUGAUAAGAUUUUAAGUCCAGAGCUAUCAACCAUAAAUUAGUAGGGAUAAGCCUUGAAGCAUCACAAAAGAUAGCCAGUGAAUUUAUAACAUGUGCAUGCCCACCACCACUUGGUCCCAUGCUGAAGCUUAAACAUAGUGACUGUAUUUUAAUCAUUCAAACAAAGGAGAGAAUUAACUAUAACGUGUGCAUGUGACUCAAGCUAAAAGAUAAAUUGGGAUUUAACUUUGACGAACUUAGCAUUUCUAGCCCCUCUGCCUUGCCUAUAAGUGAAUUACCCACUGGAAUUAAAAAUCUAGAUUAUCCCAAAGAAAAUUUAUGUGUAUAGAGAACCCUUCCUCAAUCAUACUGUACCUAAAAGAUGAAAAGUGCUUUGGUCUGAAAUAAGUUGCCGCUCUGUAUAGAUACUACAAAAAUCCUCACUAGCCCUCUUUUACAUUGUGUUACUUUAAAAAAAAAAAUACCUCUGUAGCAAGACCUAGAAGAAUUAAGUGAGCUUUUUCUCCCACACAUGUACAACCUUAAGACUCUGUCAUAGAACUGCAUGGUUGCAAAGCUUUAUUUCUGUAUACAGAUGCUCUCUGUUAAUGAUGGAAACCAAAUUGUUGUCUUGCCGUGUCUUUUGUGUCUAGCAGUUGAUUGGAUGAUAUGACCAUCAUUUCGUUAGAUGCUGGGGAUAACCUUCUCAAAAUAAGUUUCUUAUUAUUAUCAUAGCUGUUACUUCGAUUAUAAAAUGAGCCAUUUGCUCCCAAAUUACACUAAUUAAAAUGAGGUCCAUUUUUAAGAAAGUGAGGUCUCACUAUAUUGUGUAAACUAGUCCAAAUUCCAUGGCCUUGAAUGAUUUGAUUCUCCCUCGGUGUGACUUCUUUUGCUUGAACAGGGUGAGCUAGGUUAUUCCUUUGUGUAAUUUUAAAAGGAUAACUUAUAGCUCCAGCUAACAAUGAUCUGGACUGUAGGAAGAGGAAGCAUUUGUCUUGGGCAGAGGAUGGCAAUGUAAGAAUUUCUUUGCCCUGUGCCACAAUUAAAAACUUAAGUAAGAACCAAAAUAUUUUACAAGUAAAAACUGUUCACAUAAUAUUUUGUUCCCAAAUGUGGUAAUUCAUUCCCUCAACUGCAGAUGUUUGGACUUUUUCAAGUUACAGUGUUGUAUGCCUGUUUGUGUUUAGAAGUGUUCAUUAUAUAGCUCA